CUUGCCAUAGACAGCAGCACUGAGCUCAGGAGAGGAAUGGAGCUGUGAAAGACCUCUUCAUCAGCGAGGGCCUACUAAUGGCCAACCAAGGAUGCUAGCGUUACCAUGGGCAGCGUCACUCUGCGCUACUUUUGCUAUGGUUGCCUCUUCACCUCUGUGACCUGGUCGAUUCUACUAUUCCUGUAUUUCAACCUCAGCCGGGAAAGCCGUUUGUCCUUUAAAAAUGUGCCCAUCCAGGGGCAGCACCGUUUUCAGCCUCGUUUCACCCGUGGCCCGGCAAUCCUGCACAGAGAUGGCAGUCAAGUCCGCAAAGGACAUGCAGUGGAGACUCCCAAGCUGGACCUUUCUCCAGAGCUGGGAAUGAUUUUUAACAAGCAGGACCAAGAGGUACGAGAUAUGGGCUAUCAUAAGCAUGCCUUCAACGUUCUCAUCAGUAACCGGCUUGGCUACAACAGAGAUGUCCCCGACACCAGGAAUGACAAGUGCAGAGAUCGGAUCUAUCCCGAGGCCUUGCCCACAGCCAGCAUAGUGAUCUGCUUCUACAAUGAGGCGUUCUCUGCCCUCCUUAGGACGGUUCACAGUGUGCUGGAUCGCACACCAAACUACCUGCUCCAUGAGAUCAUACUGGUGGACGACCACAGUGAACUGGGCAAGCUACUUUACUUCUCUAAACAUGUCCAGCCGUCUUUUCUCAAGCAAGACAUGAUAAUGAUUGACAAGUUGUAUUUUUUCCAUCAGAUUUGGAUGUGUGGAGGGCAGUUACUGAUCGUUCCCUGCUCCAGAGUGGGGCACAUCUUCCGCAAGCGCCGGCCCUAUGGGUCACCCGGAGGUCAGGAUACAAUGGCCCACAAUUCCCUGCGUUUGGCCCAUGUCUGGAUGGAUGACUAUAAGGAGCAGUACUUUGUCUUGCGCCCGGAGCUGAGGAACCGUGACUAUGGUGACAUCAGUGAGCGGGUCGCUAUUCGGAAGCGUCUACAGUGUCAUUCCUUCAAAUGGUACCUGGACAAUAUCUACCCUGAAAUGCAGGUCUCCUCCCCACACAAGCCCCAGCAUCCUGUCUUUAUCAACAAGGGUUUGAAGAGACCCAAAGUCCUGCAGCGGGGUCGGCUGCGUAAUCUGCUGGCUGACAAGUGUCUGGUGGCACAGGGGCGUCCCAGUCAGAAAGGGGGUGCUGUGGUGGUGAGAAACUGUGACCCACAGGACCCUGAGCAGGAAUGGGCCUAUGAUGAGGAGCAUGAGUUAAUUCUAGGCGGGCUGCUGUGUUUGGACAUGUUUGAGAUUCGUUCUUCUGACCCGCCGCGCCUCAUGAAGUGUCACGGCUCAGGUGGAUCUCAGCAGUGGACACUGGGGAAAAAUAACUGGCUAUACCAGGUGUCAGUGGGCCAGUGUUUGGCUGUUACCAACCCACUCAGCAUCAAAGGAUAUGUUACCAUGGCGAUCUGUGAUGAUUCCCGGUCCCAGCAGUGGCAGUUAGAGAGUUGAGGAUGCUGGAAAUGUGAGGAACCGCUAUAGCCCCCCCUCUGGCUGGGUAUUGAACUGCACCGCCGUAGUGCCGUAAGCUCAGAAAUGGACAACAGACCCUUGCCAGUCCAGACCGCUGUGACGAUAUGUUGUGAGGGCCUGCAGAAGGACCUUGGUCUGAAGCUUUCUUGAUCCGUAUUCUUUACUCAGAAACAACUAUUUUUAGAGAGUAUUUUUAAAAUUGUGUUUAUUAAAGUAUUUGUAAGUUUUACAAAUUUUUAUUUGCUCUUGAAAUGUGAACGAUUUGCACAGAAAAUCUAUUUUCAACGUAUUUCAGAUGUUAAUAAAUAUAAUUAUAGUCUGCUAGAUUUUAAGUUAAAAAAAAUUAAUUAUGAAUGCAGCAUUUCUUAGCAUUACUUAAUUGUGUUUGUCUUUUUUCCAAUCAAGUUAACGUAAGCCUGAAAUUUUGAAUUCCUUCUGAUUUUAUUUGAUUCCACGAUCACUGGAUUUAUCUUGACCUUAAUAAACUGCAAAUGUAGUGGGUUGUUCUGUAAUGGAUUGGCAUUUCUAUUGCUGGUAUUCCAAUAUAGGUAAGAUGAGUUCAGUACAACAGCUUAAUUAAUAAAACCAAUCAGUAUUGGUAAGCUAAUUUACUACAGUUUGUAUUAGAACAACUGGCUUGGAGAUGGACGGACAGUAAUAAUUUUGGACUGACUGUGAAAGCUUCAAAUGUAUUUUCAUGGAUAAAGGUACAAAUAUUUGAAAGUCCAAUGUGACUGUAAACUGCACUUAUUGCCAUUUUGUACAUGGAAUUGCAAAUA